AUGGCGGCGGCGGCGGCGGCGGAGGAGGCGCGGCUGCUGGCCUGGCUGCGCGGCCCGGCGGCGCCCGGCGGCCCCGAGCUCGCCGCUUACGUGUCGGAGCUGGCGGCGCUGGGGCUGGCGGAGCUGGGCCGGGAGCCGGCGCGGUUGGCGGCGGAGCGGGCGCGGGUCGGGGCCGAGACGCGCCGCCUCGCCUUCGAGCACUACCGAGCCUUCAUCCGCUCCGCCGAGUGCACCGGCCGCGCCGGCCGCGGCUUCGGCGGCAUCGAGAGCCGCCUCGGCAGCCUGCUGGAGCGGCUGCCCGCGCUGCAGGACGCCUGCCGGAGCUUCAUGCGCGAUGCCGAGGCCAUCGCCUGCAGCCGGCGCAUGAACAGCCUGACCCUGAACCGGCACACGGAGAUCCUGGAGAUCCUGGAGAUCCCGCAGCUCAUGGACACCUGCGUCCGGAACGGCUACUACGAGGAGGCCCUGGAGCUCACGGCCUACGUGCGCAGGCUGGAGAGGAAGCACAGCAGCAUCCCCGUUAUCCAGGGCAUCGUGGAGGAGGUGCGCCAGUCCGCCCAGCUGAUGCUGAGCCAGCUCAUCCAGCAGCUGCGCACCAACAUCCCGCUGCCCGCCUGCCUGCGCGUCAUCGGCUUCCUGCGCCGCAUGGACGUGCUCACCGAGGCCGAGCUGCGCGUCAAGUUCCUGCAGGCGCGGGACGCCUGGCUGCGCUCCAUCCUGGCCUCCGUCCCCGACCGCGACCCCUACGUGCACAUCACCAAGACCAUCGAGGCCUGCCGGGUGCACCUGUUCGACGUCGUCACCCAGUACCGCGCCAUCUUCUCCGACGAGGAGCCGCUGGCGCCGGCCGAGGGCGCGGCGCCCGGCGAGGGGGCCAUCUUCCACAGCUGGGUGCUGCAGAAGGUCGCCGAGUUCCUGCGCGCGCUGCGGCGCGACCUGGACCGCGGCGUGGGCGGCCGGCUGGACUCGCUGCUGGGGCAGUGCAUGUACUUCGGGCUGUCCUUCAGCAGGGUGGGCGUGGAUUUCCGCGGGCAGCUGGCCCCCCUCUUCCAGCGCGUGGCUGCCGACGCCUUCGGGAAGGCGGUGGAGGAGGCGGUGGAGAAAUUCCGGGAGGAGAUGAAUUCCUACACGCUGAUCUCGGCUCCGGCCGUGCUGGGGGGCACUGCAGGAGUGCCAGUGCCCACAGCCCAGCCUGGGACGCUGCAGCCCCCCAUGGCGCUGCUGGACUUCCCACCCCUUGCCUGCUUCCUCAAUGGGCUCCUCGUUGCCUUCAAUGACCUGCGGCUCUGCUGCCCCAUCGCCCUGGCACAGGACGUCACCGCCCGCCUGGACGGUGCCCUCGGUGAGGUGACCAAAACCAUCCUGGCCUUCCACCGUGCUGAGGAGGCGGCUUUCAGCGGGCGGGAGCAGGAGCUCUUUACCCAGUUUUGCACAGCUUUCCUGGAGGACCUGCUGCCCUACCUGAACCGCUGCCUCCAGGUGCUUUUCCCUCCAGCACAGAUUGCACAGGCACUGGGUGUCCCCCCCACGCAGCUGCAGCGUUUCGGCCGCCUGGGCCGCAUCGACGUGGCCGCGCUCAGGGAGCCGCUGGCUUUCCUCCUUCCGCCGGCACCGGGCGAGGAGGAGCCGCUCCCGGAGACCGCCCCGGACGCGGAGGCGGAACACGCGGCCGUGCCCACCGAGCCCCCGGGGAGCCCCGCCGGGGACGCCGCGGUGCCGGCUGGGCCGGUGGCCACGGGGCGGUGCGCCAUGGCGGCGGCGGCGGCGGGACGGGCCCUGCCGGGGCUCCCGCUGCUCCCGGCCCGCGCCUGCGGGCACGCGGCGGGCUGGGACCGGCGGGAGCGCUCCUACUGGCGGGCGCUGCGGCGCCGGGUGCUGGGCCCGCCCGUGCCGCCGUUCGCCGCUCCGGUGCAGGUGGGAGCCCCGGUGCUGCGCGGCGCCGCCGCCGCCGUGUCCCCGGAGCAGCUGGGCGGCCCCGAGCUGCGGCGGCUGGCGGCGGCGCUGGCGGCCGGGCUGCGGGACCGGCCGUGCCUGGGGCUGAGCGCUCCGCAGCUCGGGGUGCCGCUGAGGGUUUUCGCCGCGGAGCUGCCGCCCGCCCGCUGCGCCCGGUACCCGCCGGCGCUGCGCCAAGCGCACCGCAUCGAGCCCUUCCCGCUCCGCGUCCUCGUCAACCCCGCGCUCCGCGUCCUCGACACCCGCCUCGUCACCGGCCCCGAGGGCUGCGCCAGCAUCCACGGCUUCUCCGCCUACGUCCCGCGGCACUGGGCCGUCCAUGUCUCCGGUACGGACCGACCCGCCCCGUCCCGGGUGGGACCCUGCACCUUGCCCCUCCCUCGCACGGUCCCCUUCUCUUAUACGGGUCCUGCAGUCUCUCCCGGUUCCCCCACUCUCACACGGGUCCCCUUUAAUCACCCCCACCCACCCACCGCUACCCCGGGUGCAGGCGUGGACGAGCUCGGGGUGCCGGUGAGCUGGGAGGCGUCGGGCUGGGCCGCCCGGAUCAUCCAGCACGAGAUGGACCACCUGGAUGGGAUCCUCUACAUCGACCGCAUGGACCCCCGCACCUUCACCAACGUGGGCUGGAUGGAGCUGCUGGACUGACCCUGCUGAAAGAACCAGCGCAGCUCUGGGGGCUCCCACUCAGCUUUAUUGCAGCCAAUACAGACCUGUGGCCUCA